AUGGGAGUGAAUGACUUGUGGCAAAUUUUGGAGCCUGUUAAGCAACACAUCCACUUACAUAAACUUGGUGGGAAAACCAUUGCAGUUGAUCUGAGUCUCUGGGUGUGUGAGGCACAAACAGUCAAAAAGAUGAUUGGAACCGUCAUGAAGCCCCACCUCAGAAACUUAUUUUUUCGUAUUUCAUAUUUAAUACAAAUGGAUGUAAAACUGGUGUUCGUCAUGGAAGGAGAACCACCAAAACUAAAAGCUGAUGUCAUAAGCAAGAGGAAUCAGAUUCGAUAUGGAUCCUCUGGAAAAAUAUGGUCUCAGAGAACAGGGAGAUCACAUUUUAAAUCAGUCUUAAAAGAGUGCCUGGAUAUGCUAGAAUGUUUGGGAAUCCCCUGGGUUCAAGCUGCUGGGGAAGCUGAAGCCAUGUGUGCUUUCCUGAAUGCUGGUGGUUAUGUAGAUGGCUGCCUCACCAAUGAUGGAGAUGCUUUCCUUUAUGGGGCCCAAACUGUUUACAGGAAUUUCACUAUGAAUACAAAGGACCCACAUGUGGACUGUUAUACAAUGUCAUCUAUCAAGAGCAAACUAGGUUUGGAUAGAGAUGCUCUGGUUGGACUAGCGAUACUUCUUGGCUGUGAUUAUCUUCCGAAGGGAGUCCCUGGAGUUGGUAAAGAGCAAGCCUUAAAGCUUAUACAGAUUUUGAAAGGGCAAAGUUUACUUCAGAGGUAACUAAAAAUGACUUUUUCUUGCAAAAAUAAAAGUAUGUGGAAGGUAAUUCUAAAAAGCAGUGAAAAUGAUACUUCUUUGUGUCUCCACAAAGGUUCACCUAAGGAUCAUGAGCAUAAUGGGUGCAAAUUAUGUAAAAGUGAUAGAUAUUGUGAACCACACAAUUAUGAAUACUGCUGUCCUUGUGAGUGGCACCGUACAGAACAUGAUAGGCAACUAAAUGGAGUAGAGAACAAUAUUAAGAAAAAAGCUUGCAGUUGUGAAGGAUUCCCAUUCCAUGAGGUUAUUCAAGAAUUUCUUUUGAACAAGAAUAAAUUGGUGAAGGUAAUCAGGUACCAAAGACCUGAUUUGUUAUUGUUUCAGAGAUUUACUCUUGAAAAAAUGGAGUGGCCCAAUUACUAUGCAUGUGAGAAAUUGUUGGUGCUUUUGACCCGCUAUGACAUGAUAGAAAGAAAGCUUGGUAGAAGGAACUCUAAUCAACUACAGCCAAUUCGAAUUGUUAAGACCCGAAUCAGAAAUGGAGUUAAUUGCUUUGAAAUAGAAUGGGAAAAGCCUGAACAUUAUGCUGUAGAAGAUAAACAAAAUGGAGAUUUGGUUCUGUUAACAAUCGAAGAAGGAUCAUUGUUUGAGGCAGCCUAUCCCGAGAUUGUUGCUGUUUACCAAAAACAAAAGUUAGAAAUUAAAGGGAAGAAACAAAAAAGUAUGAAAAUUAAGUCUAAAGAAAACAAUUUGCCAGAAGAAGAUGAUGUAAUGAGUUUUCAGUCACACCUGAAUUUAAAACCCACAAGUGAAAUAUUUUCUAAGCAGAAUUCCAAGCUAAAUUUGGAAAUUUCUCCUGAUCCUGCAUUACCACAGGAAUCUAUUUCUGCCUCAUUGAAUAGCUUGCUUUUACUUGAGGACAGUGCCUGUUUGAAUACACAAAAACAGUUAAUGUCUUCUCCAAGACCUUUGGCUAUACAGCAAAUUAAAGCUGUCAGUAAGUCUCUAAUUUCAGAAUCCAGUCAACCCAAUAUGUCAUCCCAUAAUAUAUCUGUGAUUGCUGAUCUACACUUGAGCACCAUUGACUGGGAAGGUACUUCUUUUAGUAAUUCUCCAGCUAUUCAAAGGAACACUUUGUCUCAUGGUUUAAAAUUAAAACUUGAAUCAGAGCUGUUGGCCAUCCCUGAUAGCUUUAAAAAUAUCCCAGAAAGUUUGUCAUCUGAAUCAGAAUGGUGUACUAAAGACUUCAAUAAAGUGUUGGAUUGUGAUCUCCAAAAGAUUAGUCCUGAAGAGCAUCUACUUUCUGGCAUUACCGAUUUAUAUCUUCAGGAUUUGCCUUUAAAGGAACGAAUACAUAUAAAAUCAUCAUAUCCUCAGGAUAAUGUACAACGAGAUGUUGACCUGAAAACUUUGUCCCUACCUAGAGUAAAAGAAUCUUGUAUUGCUAACAGCCGUUCUGAUUGUCCAUUAUAUCUUUCAAAGGAUCUUCCAGGAAUUCAUUUGCAAAAUGAAUCCAGAAACUCUAAACUUAUAAAAGGAGACCAGCUGCUUCCAGAAAACUAUACAGUGAAUAUUUCUAUGCCUUAUUCUAUCAAUAACCCAGUACUAAAGACAUCCAGUGUCAGAGUUGGGCCACCAAAUACUGCUAUAGGUCAUAGUAGAAAAGUUGAUGUGCAAACCACUCAGAAAAUUGUAGUGAAGAAGAGUGUUUGCCUUGACAGACAUUCCUCUGAUGAAGAAAGUGCCCCAGUGUUUGGGAAAGCUAAGUACACAACUCAAAAAAUGAAACACAGUUCUCAGAAGCAUAACCCAACCCAAUUCAAAGAAAGUGACCACAACAAAUUGAGUAACCCUAAGUUACAUAUUAAAGGAACUGAACAGUGUGUCAAGUCUUAUAAAACAGUAAGAAAUGAAGAAAACUGUUUCCUAGAUCCAGCAAAAAGCUCUCUGAGUUUUCUACAAUGUCAUAAGAAAGAAGACGACUCUGGUUCUUGUUUGGAUAGUCCUCUUCCUUUAUGCCAGAGAUUAAAGCUAAAGUUCCAAAGCACUUGAAAUGAAAUUUAAACUAUGUUAGUAGGACUUACUAUUCUAGUACUGUCAGCAUUAGCAGAGGCAGAGGAAAGGUGUCUAGUUAAUGUUUGGUA